CUGGCAGCAGGGGACACAGAAUGGAUUCUGAACUAGUGCCAAAAACAGAGUAUGAAGAGGACCUAUGCACAGUUACUGUUCAGGAUGGUGAUCAGAGUGAUGCUGUUAAUGUCAGCCCAGAUUAUGGAGACAGUGUUUGUCCAGGAGCACGACAAUCACCACUUUUAAAAGAAGGAGGUAAGCUUCUGUAUUCAAAGCGAAAAGUAAAGGAGACAAAAAACAAGAAGCAGAAAAACUCAUCUGAAAACUCUACCACAGAUGCCAUUACAUGCACAGAACUCAAUCAUACGAACGUUGAUGAAAAUUCUCUAGAUGAAAGUCUAGAAGAGCAACAAAAAGGUGAAGUAAAAAAAUAUACAAGCGCUCUUCGGGCUCGUAAAAACAGAGACGAAUCAAAGAAUAAAUGCCAGAAACAAGGCAAAAUUUAUCUGAAAAUGCAAAAGCUAACAAUUCAUUAUUCACCAUACAAGGUACAGAAGACGUACACAUGCACAGAGUGUGGGAGAAGCUGUAUUUCUAGUUCACAUCUCAUCAUACAUCAAAGAUCGCACACGGGGGAGAGGCCUUUUUCCUGUGAUAAUUGUGGCAAAAGCUUUGCUAGGAGGUCUUCUCUUGUAAUACAUGAGCGAAUACACACAGGAGAGAGACCUUAUACAUGUACACACUGCGGAAAGAGCUUCACUAGCAGCGCCACACUGUCCACUCACAUAAGAAUCCACACAGGAGAGAGACCCUACGUAUGCUGGGAGUGCGGUAAGAGCUUCACCAGUAACUCCUCUUUGUUCAUACACAACAGAACUCACACGGGAGAGAAACCCUAUAUAUGCGUGGAAUGUGGGAAAACCUUUUCUUGUACGUCUGCCCUUGUUAUCCACAAGCGAUCACACACUGGAGAAAAGCCUUAUACGUGUGAAGAGUGUGGAAAAUGUUUUGCAGACAACUCAAGACUUGUCAAACACAAGGCAGCUCAUACAGGAGAUUGGGCCUAUGUGUGCACAGUAUGUGGAAAAGGGUUCACAUGCUACUCAAAUCUAAACGUACACCAGAGGUCUCACACUGGAGAGAGGCCAUAUGCAUGCACUAAUUGUGAUAAGCGAUUUGCUCUCAAUAGAGAUCUUGUGAGACAUCAGUCAAUACACACUGGGGAAAGACCAUUUAUUUGUUCUGAAUGUGGUAAGAGUUUUACUCGUAAAGCGCAUCUUACCACGCACUUGAAAAUACACGCAAGGGAAAGAGCAGGUAAGAUCUGUGAGUGAUGGACAUGCUGGAAGAAGAUUUUCCUUGACAUUCACCCAGUUCGAUAGUAUCUGCUGCUGGAGUAACUAUAUCUUCAAUCCGUUGGCAUGCAUCGACAUUGGCAAUCAUAAACAUGAUUCGAAACGUAGAUAUCUAAAGUUUGCACUUUUACAUUUGAACAAUAAUAAUUUAUAGCUUUCGAGUCAUAAGGAAAUAUUAUAUAAUAUUCCGUAUUUUAAUGUUAUUGUCCAGUGAUAAUACAAUAUACUUACCAA